CACGAGAGGGCGUUAGUCGCUAAACAAGAUGGCGGUGGCUUUAGCUAAUAGAUUAAGUUCGCUGACAUUUAAUCCUCAUGAAUAUGUCAAAGAGCUUAACGAAGUAUGUGAAGAAGUGGAAGAUCUUUUAAGUGCUCGACAGAGAAUUGUGAACGUAGCCGAAGAGACAAAUGGACAGCUUAAGAAAAAUGUUUAUAAAAAUUACACACAGUUUAUUGAAACAGCCAAAGAAAUUUCGUAUUUGGAAAGUGAAAUGUAUCAGUUGAGUCACAUGCUAACAGAGCAUCAGUCGGUCUUAAAUUCAUUACGAGAAAUAUCGAUUACUGGAGAUAAAGUUUCGGAUGCCACCGAAAGAAAUUCUGAAAUCAAGGAAGAAGACGGAAGAAAAAAUCUAUCAACUCUCUUAGAAAAGAUUGAAGGCUGUGUGAGUAUUUUGGAAGUUCAAGAUCGUUACUUGAUUCACAGUGGCGAUAUAAUGGAAUUAAACACUUCGGAUUAUACGCCGAUACAGCGAAUACACGCCAUUCUUUUAAAUGAUGUUUUAGUCCUAGCAAGCUGGCUUCCCAUGAGGAGAGGGCCGGUACAAUACAAAUUUCAUGCCAUGUACGAAUUGGAUAAUUUGGCCGUCGUAAACGUCAAAGAAGAUCCUAAUUUAAAGAAUGCUUUCAAGGUCUUAAUGUUUCCCGACACUAGAUUAUUUCAGUGCGAUACCGCUCAGAUGAAGAAGGAAUGGUUGGCUCUGAUCGAACAAACUAAAAAGAAGAAAUCUUCGUCUGCAAAUUUAAAACUGGAUAAUAUUAGAUCGAAUAGUUUGAAUCCUUUCGACGAUCAGGAAGAUUUAGAAGAAACGGAUCCAGAACUUCCAGAGUGGUUGCUGGAAUUACCGGAAGACUUAGACGUAUGCAUUGCGCAACGGGAUUUUGAGGAAGCAGUUAAAUUAGUGAAGAAAGCGUACGGCCAUUUUGCGGCAUUUCCAAAAAAUGUUUCUCUGAAAGAAAUGAGAAUACGAAUUGAUCAAAGAAAAAAGAAUUUAGUAGACAUUCUCAUGAAGGAGCUACACGUAUCGCCAGACUGUUCCUUUCAAGCUGGUCCCAGAACGGCCAGAAGAGCAGUUUCGUUAUUAAUAAGCUUAGGAAAAUCAUCUCAAGCAUGUGACUUAUUUCUAAAGCACUGCACUGCAAUUUUGAAACAUUCCAUGAAACAGCAGAAAAUGGAUGGUGCUACGGCCCCUUACAUCAGACGUCUCUGUGUUAUUUUUUUCAACAACAUAAUAGAAGCCGGUAAAGAAUUUAGUGGGGCAUUUAGUAACAAGAAUAGUUGUGCAUCAGCAUUUGUUAUCUGGUCUGUAAUCCAGUUGCAGCAAUUUGUGCAGACGUUCACCCGCCACGUCUUCACUCCUCAAGUUGCGCUGUCAGCAGUUUCGGCCGAAUGCAUCUCUCUGAUAAGAAGUCACUGUGAACAAUUAACAGAUAUCGGUCUGGAUCUGUCAUCUCUACUAGAUAAUUUACUGCAAUCCGACAUCGAACGAAUAAUCAAAGAGAGCAAAGAUAAAUUGUUAGAAGCGAUAAAUGUCCGUGCAGUGGAAGACAAGUGGCGCAAGCAAAACCAUCAAAAUAAAGCCGGAGUUAUGAAAUUCGUCGACGACAUGGCAGAUCUCGGAAUAACCAACGUCCAUAAUUACGUGGAAAACGAAUGUUUCGUGACGUUGACCACCAACACCACGGCAUUCAGCAAAGCUUACUUAAACUUCGUCGACAAUUUAUUAAAAAUAUACGCUCCCUCUGUCUGCAACUUAAUUUCCGAAGCACUGUAUGUCACCUUCAGAGCCCAGCUGCAGCAUAUAGAAAAUUCCAUACGUGACUCGAGAUAUUCAAAUGACAUCAUUCAAGUGAACAUGGAAUUCCUGUUGUCUACCUUACUGAAUUUUGCCAAAGCUCAGUAUAAGGAGAAGUUGAACAAGGAUUGUUCCAGUCUGGCAAAAUUGCAACACGAGCUGCCUCGCUUGUUAAAUCUCAUCAACAGCACGAACGGUAAACACGUUGUGAAGCAAUCGAGGCACGCGUACGUGUGAUUGUCUUUUUCAAAUUAAAUUCCACGUUUAUA